AUGAACAGCGCAUCUCCCAGCCUCGCCAUCCCCUCUGAAAUCCCCCGGAGACGCAAUGGCCGUCCACAAGCCUGUGAACCCUGCCGUCGGCGCAAGGUCGCGUGUGACCACCGGCUUCCCAUUUGCUCACGGUGUAUCCGCAAGAGCACGCCCCAGAGCUGUCGAUAUCUUAUCCAGGGGCAGCUCGUAACGCCGGCUUUGCCCCCAGAUGUAACCAGAAGCCAGUCGGCAGAGAUGCUCGAUGAGCGGCAACCUCGAGAGCCGACGGGACCAAACCCAACUACAGUGAGCCCGUCGACACUGGAAGAUCUCUCCUCGCCUCCGGAUGAAAAUGUCGGUUAUCUUGGCGCAUCGAGCUUCCCGGAAUUCUUUCGCGAGACGCAGAGACACCUCGACUAUGUAGCUGGCCCUAAUCCAACCCAUGAUGGCCUAGCUGGUAAGAACGGAAACAAUGUGACGUCGACCAAGAUGGCUCCAGACGCAGCGGCCUUCGAGCUUGCCUUUACGGUGCUUCGGACCAUCCCAACCAAAGAGGCGGCACAGUUUCUGCUUAGGCGGAAUGUGAAUCCAAACGAUGCCUGGUGUCGCCUUGCUUUGGAUCGUCUUCACGCAUCUCUGUGGACAGCACUGGGCCACUUCCUCGACGGCGAAAGAAGUAAUGAGGCAAUGUCGCAGCUGGCACUGCUGCUUUUCCAGAACAGCUCCAAGCCCCUCAAAGAAGACUUUCCGGAUCCAGACCAGUGGUUUGAUGCCUUCUCCGGCGCUAAUUUUCGGUGGGAAGGGUUAGGCAUCUUGUUCACGUUUUGGUGUUUUGGGUCUGCCUCCCUCAUAGAGAACGGCACGGUUGAGCAGCGCAAGUGGCUUGGACAUCAUAAUCGUAAGAAUCUCAUGCUAGUUUACAAAAACGGUGCCUCAAGAAGCGUUGAUCUUUGCCGCCUGAUGAGCUGCAACAACACCAUGAUGGUGUAUCUCUUGCACAUGCAUGGUCUCACCGAGUCACUCAUCACGGGUGAUACAGGUGCGGGAUUUUGGCGGCAGCAUGCAGAGGCCGUCGCCUUGGCCACCUUUCUUGGCCUCCACACAGCUCAACCGAACAGCUCGGUGCCAGAGGAGUCGGUAUCUGUUCAGGUCAAGCGAAGACUCUUCUGUUCCGUCUUCAACAUCGACAUGGUUGUUUCUACUUUGACGGGCCGGCCUCCGUUAGUCAGUAGCAAGCUUUGCUCGACGCCGUUGCCUCUUGAUGUUAGUGACGAGUCUUUGCUCAACCUCAAAGUUCGGCCUCACCGGCUGGACAAGGAUGGAUGGAACAUGGAAGGGAAGAAUCAUCCAGUUACGUUUCUGCGAGCGGCCUAUAUAAUCGCUGGGAUAAGGAGUGAAAUCCUCGAGAUUGUACUCCAGGCACCUCAUGUUCGCAUCCAGCAUGACUUUGACGCUUUGCGGAAACGGGAAAUGGAUGUUUUCGCUCGAUUUCCAACCGGACUGCAGUUUAACAACGAUGACUUUAGCAAUCCCUCCGUCGACGCUCCCACCCUUUACAUCAGACUGUUGACGCGACUUGAGCAUCUAAGCAACCUAUUCUUCAUCGAGCGACUCUCGUAUACAGGAAGCAACUUAUACAGCUCUCAAAUGCUCGAAAUCAGCCUCGAGAUGAUAUCCCUCACCCUUUCUUUCUGGACGCAGCAAAAUCGUCUCGAAGGCCUACAAGGCGACUACGAGUGGCUGGUCAUGCUACAUGCCGCGCCAGCAGCAGGUAUCUUGUGCAUGGAGCUCCUGAGACAGCCUUCUGGCACUCGACCACCAACUACCCCUAAAAUCACAAAGCCCAUGAUAAUAAAGCAGCUCAGUUUACUCAUGGGCUUCCUCGAAUGGAUCGGACCUGGAGCCCCUGGAGCCCAUUUGUGUAACAGCAUCAAGACGGUGGUCGAGCGAGUGAUGGAGCAAGCUUUGAAUCCAGCGAUUCCAAGACCCGUAACUCAACAGGAGUUUGACAUGACAUGGGACACGAGUUUACUGGAAGAUAUGAACGACUUUAAUUUCGGGCUAUUAGCCACGUUUGACUGGCUGAGGCUUCCGCCAAAUACAAUUUAG